UACCCCUUCACUUUUCACCAAAUCCCCAACCCUUUCUUUACAGUCAGGUCAUCAAACCACAAUUCUACACCACCGUCGUUCGUUCGACAGCUCGCCGAAAGAACUGCCAUCAUGAGCGGCCAGGACACCCUGUUCCGUUCGGCGAAGAUGUCGCUCGUACAGUUGUACGUUGCAACAGAAAUAAGCCGGGAGGCCAUCAGUGAGUUGGGCGAGGUGGGGAUGCUCCAGUUUAGAGAUUUAAAUGCGGAGACAUCCGCUUUUCAGAGAACUUUCACGAAGGAUAUUCGCCGGUUGGAUAAUGUUGAACGGCAGCUUCGGUUUUUCGGAGCGCAAAUGGAAAAGAAUUCGGUUCCUGUCCGACCCGUUCCCGAUAAUGCGAGUCUCACCGCCGCCCCUAGCGCCUCGGAGAUCGAUUACCUUGCUACCCGUGCGGACGAAUUGGAAGUGAGGGUCAGUCAGUUGAACGCUUCUCAUGAAACCCUCCAGAAACGAUGGGUUGAGCUCGUCGAGUUUCGCUGGGUAUUAAGGGAGGCUGGUGGAUUCUUUGAUCGUGCUCAUGGCCAGGCCGAGGAGAUUCGCCGUGGGUCUACUGAUGAGCCCACUGCGCCUUUACUGGAAGACGUCGAGCAAUCCACUCCUGCUGGCAGCGCUGGGCAUGUAGAUACGAUGUUCCAGACGAUGAAUAUUGGCUUCGUUGCUGGUGUGAUUCGCAGGGAUAGGAUUGCCGCGUUCGAGAGGAUCCUUUGGCGAACAUUGAGAGGGAAUCUUUAUAUGAACCAGUCGGAGAUUGAUGAGCCCAUUGUCGACCCGAGCACCAAUGAACCUGUUGACAAGAAUGUCUUCGUAAUUUUCGCUCACGGAAAGGAGAUUUUGGCCAAGAUUCGUAAGAUUUCGGAGUCUCUUGGCGCUGGUCUCUACAGUGUCGAUGAGGAUAACACUCUUCGCAGGGAUCAGCUUCACGAGGUCAACAGUAGGAUUAAUGAUCUUGAUUCUGUCUUGCACAAUACUAGGAAUACGUUGACAAGUGAGUUGAGGAUGAUUGCGCAGAAUCUUGCGAGCUGGAUGGUGGUGAUCAAGAAGGAGAAGGCGAUCUACCAGACGUUGAAUUUGUUUAAUUACGACUCGGCAAGGAAAUGUUUGAUUGCGGAAGGGUGGCUACCGACGAACCAGUUGCCACUUAUUCAGAAGCGUCUGAGAGAUGUUACGGAUCGCGCCGGGCUUCAGGUUCCCACGAUUGUCAACGAGCUCAGGACGACAAAGACGCCUCCAACGUAUCACAAGACGAAUAAGUUCACUGUCGGGUUUCAGACCAUUGUGGAUGCUUAUGGUGUUGCGAAAUACCGUGAAGUUAAUCCCGGGUUGGCGGCAAUUGUUACAUUUCCGUUCUUGUUCGCCGUUAUGUUUGGUGAUAUUGGACACGGUCUUAUUUUGCUCCUUACGGCAGCUGUAAUGAUAUGGUACGAGAAGAAACUUGAGAAGCAAAAGGUCUUUGAGCUCUUCGAUAUGGUAUUCUUUGGAAGAUAUAUUAUGUUGCUUAUGGGAGUUUUCUCCGUUUACACUGGUCUCAUCUAUAACGAUGUCUUCUCCAAGCCGCUCACCUUGUUCAAGAGUCAGUGGGUAUACCCCGAGCACUUCAAGAUCGGGGAGGGUAUUGAGGCACAAAAGGUGCCUGGUUACACAUAUCCUUUCGGUUUGGAUUGGCAGUGGCAUGGAGCGGAGAAUAGUUUACUGUUUACAAACAGUCUUAAGAUGAAGCUAAGCAUCAUCAUGGGAUGGUUUCACAUGACAUAUUCUCUUUGCCUCUCGCAAUACAAUCACCGAUACUUUAAGUCCAGGAUUGAUACAUGGGGUAACUUUAUCCCGGGCAUGAUCUUCUUCCAGUCGAUCUUCGGUUAUUUAGUGCUUACUAUUGUCUACAAAUGGUCCGUUGAUUGGGUUGCCCUUGAUAAGAAUCCUCCCAGCAUAUUGAAUCUUCUCAUCUACAUGUUCCUCUCCCCUGGGACAGUCACAGAGCCUCUUUACCCUGGCCAGGCAACCAUUCAAGUUCUUUUGCUGUUGGUCGCAUUGGCCUGUGUGCCCUGGAUGUUGCUUCUCAAGCCUCUCUACCUCCGAUGGGAGCACAACAAGCACCAUGCAGCCGGUUACCAAGGGCUGGGCCAAGUCUCCAGAGAGAUGAAGGAAGAAGAGGAAUUCGAGUUUAGCGAAGUGAUGAUCCACCAGGUCAUCCACACUAUCGAAUUCUGCCUCAAUUGUAUCUCGCACACAGCCUCAUACCUCCGUCUAUGGGCUUUGUCGCUAGCACACGCUCAGUUGUCGAUCGUGCUCUGGGACAUGACGAUGGCUGUUGGGUUUGGGUUUGAGGGGACUAUUGGAGUGAUCAUGAUGGUUAUUCUAUUCUCUUUCUGGCUAAAUUGUACCCUUGCGGUGCUGGUAAUUAUGGAGGGAACUAGCGCCAUGUUGCACAGUUUGCGUUUGCAAUGGGUUGAGGCUAUGAGCAAAUUCUUUAUCGGAGAUGGCAUCGCUUUCGAACCGUUUAGCUUCAAGUUACUACUCGAGGAGGCCGCAGAUCAAUAGAGGAUAAACGAACCACGACUAAUUGUAACGGCUUGGCAAACUGAUUGGUUUAGCUACUAGCGGUCUGGUGGGGGUUAAUAUUACACAUCAGUGUUGUGAUUUUUUUUCUUGCUUUUGUUGCGUUUUCCAUGUGUUGUUUGUAGUUCUAUUCCAGAUUUGCUGAGGGAUGCGAUGUAGAGUAGUUGUCGAGUUUGAGAGCGAAUGAAACCUUAAUUAGGUAUUUUG